AAGUAGUACGCCUAUCAUCGUAUUAUCGAUGGAAUGCGUAAUUUCAAGACAAUUCCUGUGAAAUAUAUAAUUGAUUGAAAAUGUAAUUGAAUGUGAUUAUUUCUUUGAACAAUUCUUAAUUUCUGGCACGAUAAUAAAUAAUUAUACCACAAACUGUGGCCAAAUUGAGAAUGGCUCGCAGCACUUCUAUGGUAACGGUUCCUUGGGAAUUAUUAGCGGAGGAAUUGAAAAACAUACCUAUCGAGAUAAGGCUGUACUUAGCAUCGACAAUCGAUGUAUUACGUGCAUCUGACAAACAAUUAACAUCAGAAAAAUGGAUAGGUACUUCGAUAACGAAAAUAGAAGCUUGUUUAGAUCGCACAUGGGAAAUGUUGAAUUCAGGAUACUGGAAAGAUGUCCCGGUAGAGUACAGAUAUAGUUAUUCUCUAUGCAUUGUUAUAAAGGCAGUAUUGUUAGAACUUCAAUAUGAAAUUAAUGCCGGGCAUUCCACCGAGAAAGAAAAAAAAGCUGCAUUAAGAAAUAUUAUUAGCCAAAUUGACAAAGGUAUUCUAUUAGGCGCGCCACUUUCCAGUGUGCCGAACUUAUUAACAACUAUUGCCGCGAAGCUGAACAGUUAUUGUGGUGACGAAUCUAGUGGUGCAAAUCUAGAGGAAAUCCCAAUUGACGGUGAUAAAAUUAACGAUGCGAUCUUAUCUGGAUUCUCGGAGGUAGCACAUUAUGAGGAGCCUUCAAUGGAGUCAUUUUACAGAAAGGUUUUUAUGCCGAAAUAUCCGGCCGUGUUAACAGGUUGCAUGAAACAUUGGAAAGCAUUGGCAUUGUGGAAGAAUCCUGACUAUCUAUGUAAGAUUGCAGGAUCUCGUACAGUACCUAUCGAAAUUGGUUCCCGUUAUACUGAGGAGGAUUGGACUCAGCAUCUUGUCAGUUUCUCUGAAUUUUUACGAACACACGUUAUCGCAAGUGACAGUCGAGUCGGUUAUUUGGCGCAGCAUCAACUUUUCGAACAGAUACCAGAAUUAAAAGAGGAUUUCGCAAUACCGGAAUACUGCAGUUUUUCGGACGAUGAGAAUAAUGACGUCGAACCACCUGAUAUAAAUGCGUGGUUCGGACCUGGUGGCACAGUAUCGCCCUUGCACUUUGAUCCAAAAAAUAACUUGCUUUCUCAGAUAUUUGGUUAUAAAAGAAUUAUUUUAUAUCAUCCAGACGAAACAGAUAAUUUGUAUCCGUACAACACGAGGUUACUCAAUAAUACUGCACAGGUGGACCCAAUAAAUCUAGAUUAUAAUAAGUGGCCAAAUUUUUGUAAAGCUAAAGGCCUAAUGUGUUGCUUAAAACCUGGAGAAAUGCUUUAUAUUCCACCAAAGUGGUGGCAUCACGUAACCGCCCUCACUCCGAGUUUCUCAAUAAGUUUCUGGUGGAGUUAAUAAUCUUGUUAAGUAAAUAUAUAAUAAAUUACUAUCUGCGAGUAUACCAUAAUAAAAUUUCUUUCAAUAAUGCGAGUUAUACUUCUUGUCAUGUUAUAAAACACUAUGUAUAAUAUA